AUCUGUCCCUGGCUGUGUCCUUAAUCCCCAGCUCGAAAAUGAACAUAGGCCUGGGGCAAAGGGUCUGAGAGUGGGGAUGGAGGUGGCCUGUCUCUGUUGGGGCCAAGGGGCCCCUCUCCCCUCCCAGCCCAGGUAACCUGAGCCCAGCAUUGUGUCCACCCUGGAACAGCUGACAAUGCUGUGGUCAGACAGCUGGUGGGGCCAGGCCAGGCUGGCGGGAGGCUGGGUGGGAGUGGGGAUUGUGUCACAUGAGCCCUGGAUCCAGAGACCUUGGGAGCUGCCAUCCCGUACUGCCACUGCUGAGAGCUGAGGCACCAUGCAUGGGGGGCCAGGGCCACUGCUCUUCCUGCUGCUGCUGGCUGGUUGUCUGGGAGCUCAGGGUCGGAACCAGGAGGAGCGCCUGCUGGCAGACCUGAUGCGCAACUACAACCCCCACCUGCGGCCUGCUGAGCGCGAAGCGGACGUGGUCAACGUCAGCCUGAAGCUCACCCUCACCAACCUCAUCUCCCUGAAUGAGCGCGAGGAGGCCCUCACCACCAAUGUCUGGAUAGAGAUGCAGUGGUGUGACUACCGCCUGCGCUGGGACCCGCAAGACUAUGAGGGCCUGUGGGUGCUACGGGUGCCAUCCACCAUGGUGUGGCAGCCAGAUGUCGUGCUGGAGAACAACGUGGACGGUGUGUUUGAGGUGGCCCUCUACUGCAACGUGCUUGUGUCCCCUGACGGCUGUAUCUACUGGCUGCCGCCUGCCAUCUUCCGCUCCUCCUGCCCCAUCUCUGUCACCUACUUCCCCUUCGACUGGCAGAACUGCUCCCUCGUCUUCCAGUCCCAGACCUACAGCACCACCGAGAUCAAUUUACAGCUGAGCCAGGAGGAUGGUCAGACUAUUGAGUGGAUUUUCAUUGACCCCGAGGCCUUCACAGAGAACGGGGAGUGGGCCAUCCGGCACCGGCCGGCCAAGAUGCUGCUGGAUGCAGCGGUGCCAGCCGAGGAGGCGGGCCACCAAAAGGUGGCGUUCUACCUGCUCAUUCAGCGGAAGCCCCUCUUCUACGUCAUCAACAUCAUUGCUCCCUGUGUGCUCAUCUCCUCUGUGGCCAUCCUCAUUUACUUCCUGCCUGCCAAGGCGGGUGGCCAGAAGUGUACUGUCGCCAUCAACGUGCUCCUGGCCCAGACAGUCUUCCUCUUCCUGGUGGCCAGGAAGGUGCCCGAGACUUCCCAGGCGGUGCCACUCAUCAGCAAGUACCUGACCUUCCUCCUGGUGGUGACCAUCCUCAUUGUCGUCAAUGCCGUGGUCGUGCUCAACGUGUCCUUGCGGUCCCCACACACGCACUCCAUGGCCCGAGGGGUCCGCAAGGUGUUCCUGCGGCUCCUGCCCCAGCUGCUGCGGAUGCAUGUGCGCCCGCUGGCCCCGGCGGUGCAGGAUGCCCGGCCCCGCCUACGGAAUGGCUUCUCCGGGUGGUCUGUCACAGCCGGGGAGGAGGUGGCCCUGUACCUGCCUCACAGCGAGCUCCUCUUCCAGCAGCGACAGCGGAACGGGCUGGUCAGGGCGGUGCUGGAGAAGCUCGAGAAAGGCCCGGAGCCGGGGCAGAGCCAGGAGCUCUGUGGCAGCCUGAAGCAGGCCGCCCCGGCCAUACAGGCUUGUGUUGAAGCCUGCAACCUCAUUGCCUGCGCCCGCCAUCAGCAGAGUCACUUUGACAAUGGGAACGAGGAGUGGCUCCUGGUGGGCCGCGUGCUGGACCGUGUCUGUUUCCUGGCCAUGCUUUCCCUCUUCAUCUGCGGCACGGCUGGCAUCUUCCUCAUGGCCCACUACAACCAGGUGCCUGCCCUACCAUUCCCCGGAGACCCCCGCCCCUACCUGCCCUCACCUGACUGAGCCCACCAACCACUGCUGGGCACGGAGGGUUCCUGGCCACGGCUGUGCUGAGUCUUAGCAGCUGUGUUCUAUUCUGCUGAGGUCAUGAGCGUGCUCUCUGGAAGGUGCCCUUCAGGGCAGUGGGAGCCAAAUAAAGAGACAGAGCUGGAGUCUGGAGUGGUUGGGGAUGGGUGGUAGGUGGGGGUGCUGUUGGGGUCAGCAUCCAUGUGGCAUUGGCAACCCAUCCCUCCACUGAGCACCCUCCCCUCAUCCCAGCACAGCAGUAUCAACUCCCAUCUAUUUUGAGGCCCUAAGGGCUCUGUUUUGUAUGACACCCCCAACUCAGUAAGGUCCUACCCUCCAGGCCUGGGCCUGGCAGCCCUUUUUUGAGUUCCCCACAGGCUCCUGAUGGAGGGGUGUCAAGAGAGAUGAUGUGAAGAGUAGUGACAGCCCAUUCCAGCUCACGUUUUCCUCUCCUACCAUCUGGGCGCGGCAGCUCCCCAUACUCACCAGCACCUUCCCAGUCACAUGCACUUUUUGCCAUUGAUCACAAAAGAUUUCUUGAGUUUUAUUAUCCUUUUUCAUUGUUGAGAGGCGAGCUCCUCACAGCAUCAUGAACAAGCAAGAGUCACUCUUCCUCAAUGUUUCGAAUGUACAAAUUGGGGCCCAGAGUAAGAGGUGCUUCCCAGAACUCUGGUGGUUACACAAGGUGUAGAGUCCAGAAUUGCCAACUCUCUGCCCCAAUCUCGGACACUCUUAAGAAUGCUUCUACAGCUUGGAAAACGGGACCCUUCUUCCCUCUCUUCUCAAAGGCUGGGUGUUUGCAUUGGUCCCAAAGAGUGGUUAAUUCAGGGUGGAG